AUCUCAUUAAAAGAGAUGGCAGUGAACCAGACGGCGUUGUUGAAGGUGGGGUUGUGUGUAUUGGGACUGUGUUUAUUCGGCUACAUAGUUGGUCCACCUCUAUAUUGGCAUUUCAUGGAAGGAUUAGCAGCCGUCAGCCACACUUCCACCACUUGCUCACCUUGCCUCUGCGAUUGCUCUUCUCAGCCUCUUCGCACAAUCCCUGAAGGACUGAACAAUGCUUCCUUUGCAGGUCAGUUUCCAGUUUCUUUAUCAUCGAUGUAUUUAUUGCAAUAUAGAACUGACGUAAUACAAAGAAAUUUACCCUUGUUCUUUUACCUCUUCUGGGUUUUUUGGUUACUGUUUCACCGUUUUGCUCGUAUUUUUGUUCUUUUAGGUACCAACUUUUCCUUAACAGAUGUUAUAUCAUGAU